AAUUACUGUGGCAGGAAUUUGAAUUCAUGUGAGAAACGCACUAUUGACUGCUUUAGAUAUAUAAAAAUGUCGUUUAUAAAUUUGUGCCAAUAAACGUCCAACAGAAACAAUACAAAAUGUGUAAAGCAGUAUUUCUGUUUGAAAUAACUCUCCCACAAAACUUGUUAAUUCAAAAAAUUUAAAUAAGCAUCAGAAAACUAUUGCUUAAACACAAAAAUCAAUACAGAAAUGGAUAUUACCGGCGAUCAAAGACUUUUACCGGAAAUUCCAAGCACAGUAACGGAAACGGCUGCUGCAGUAAUGGCACCAAGCUUGAGUAACAAUACCGCCUUUACAUACGAUUUAUCUGCACCCGGCUUGUCAUAUUGGAAUGUAGACAGUGGGGCUGGUGGCGGUGGUGGUGGUGGUGUUAUGACAGCAAGAUCCGACGCUACUGCCGUUGGCAGUGUCUUCAAUAGCACAGCAAAUAAUUCACAAAUGUUUUUAGAUUACAAUGGCACAGAUUAUUCUUACCAGCAGUAUAAUAACUUCAGUGAACGGUGUCAGAUGUUUGACUUAAAUACAAAUAUGAGCUACUGGAAUUUAACUUGCGACACACCAGUGGACUAUGUAGAACCACUAUACGGAUAUUGUAUGCCAUUUCUGCUUGUGAUAACAGUAGUUGCAAAUUCUUUGAUUGUACUUGUACUGAGCAAGAAGAGCAUGGCAACGCCGACAAACUUUGUAUUAAUGGGUAUGGCAAUAUGUGAUAUGCUGACUGUUAUUUUUCCGGCACCUGGCCUUUGGUAUAUGUACACUUUUGGUAAUCACUAUAAACCUCUACAUCCGGUAUCCAUGUGCUUGGCUUACAGUAUUUUUAAUGAGAUAAUGCCUGCUAUGUGUCACACAGCGUCCAUAUGGUUGACUCUGGCUUUAGCUGUGCAAAGAACAACCGAAAGUAUAAUUAAAAAAUAA